AUGCAGCAGAAUCCUGCUGAGGCCAUGGAGGCCUCCGCGCCGUCGGAGGCCGAGGCGCCCAAAGAUGCGGGGCCGUGGCUAGGGUUCUGGGAGGUGUCGCGGCGGCGGUUGACCCCCGACGACCCCUUCUUCGCCGCCGGCGACAUGGAGCGCGAGCUACUCGCCAAACACGUUGCCCUGGAUCUCUCGGAUGAUGACCGGUACCAACUUGAGAAGAUGGAUGUGGCGAGCGUGAGCAUGGUGUGUUGUCCAAUUGCUGGUUGCGGUGCUCAUCUAGAUUGCUUGGAGGACUUUGAAGACCACUACAGCACACGGCAUACUGCUUCAUGCUCUGUAUGUUCAAGAGUGUACCCAACAUCAAGGUUGCUGAGUAUUCAUAUUUCUGAGGCGCAUGAUUCCUUCUUCCAAGCAAAAGUCGCUCGUGGUUUUCCGAUGUACGAAUGUUUGGUGGAGGGUUGUGGGGAGAAGUUGAAGACGUACAAAAGUCGGCAGCAGCAUCUUGUUGAUAAGCAUCAAUUUCCCAACUCAUUUGAAUUCUUCAAAAGAGCACAACCUUCCCAGCGGCAUCGUCAGAAGUAUCAUCAUCGAAGGCAAACUGCUUAUAAGGGAGAAGAGACAAGGGAUACUGUCAUGGACGUUGGUGGGAAGAAUCCAAGGCAAUCGAAACCGAGAUAUCGGCCGAAGCAACGUGAUCAUAAGGAGCCGAAAGAAAAUGAACAUGGUCACAAGGAGUCGAAAGACAAUGAACAUCAUGAGAAGGAGGCCAAGGAGAGCGACAUGGAGGUCGAACAGAAGAUUGAUGAACUGUCCUCGGCUGUAUCAAGGCUGAGCACUGCAGAUUCGGUGCCUUCGAGCAUAACCUUUGGCCAUCGCCGUGCUCGUGGUCUUACUUUUGUCCCAAGAUCUAUUAGGCAGAACAAGCAGGUCUCUCAGCCAGAAGCAAAUUGA